AUGGCGCUCUUCUUCCACCACCUCGCAGGGCUAGUGCCCACGCUGCUGCUGCUGCUGCUGCUCGCGAACGCGCGGGGGGCUAACGCCGACGACCUCUCGGCGCUGCUCGCGUUCAGGGCGCGGGUGUCCGACCCGCGCGGCGUGCUCCGCGGCAACUGGACGGCCGCCACGCCCUACUGCGGCUGGGCCGGCGUCACCUGCGGCCACGGCCGCCGCCACCGGCUGCGAGUGACGGCGCUGGAGCUCCCCGGCGUGCCGCUCGCCGGCUCCCUGGCACCGGAGCUCGGCGGCCUCACCUUCCUCUCCGUCCUCAACCUCAGCGACGCCCAGCUCUCGGGCCCCAUCCCGGACGGCAUCGGCAAGAACCUGCCACGCCUCCUCUCUCUCGAUCUCUCCAGCAACCACCUCUCAGGUACAAUCCCCUCGGCUCUCGGCAACCUCACCGUGCUCGAGAUCCUCGACCUUGACUCGAACAACCUCACCGGCCAGAUCCCCCCCGAGCUGCACAAUCUGAAGAACAUCGUGUAUCUUUCACUGUGUAGCAACGAGUUGAGUGGGCAGAUACCACAUGGCCUGUUCAAUGGCACAUCUCAGCUACUUUACCUGAACCUUGCACACAACAAGCUGACAGGGAGCAUUCCUGGAGCUAUCGGUUUCUUGCCAAAAGUUGAGAUACUUGCACUGUCAUGGAACCAGCUCUCGGGGCCAAUACCCACGUCUCUGUUUAACAUGUCCAGUUUGGAAGUGAUGCACCUGGCCAUGAACAACCUCUCCGGGCUUCUUCCGGACAACGAAAGCUUCGACCUGCCCAUGCUGCAAACUGUUAAUCUCCACAAAAACCAGCUCGCUGGCACAGUGCCCCAAGGGUUUGGUGCAUGCAAGAACCUGCAAAUUUUCAUUCUAGCUUACAAUGGUUUCACCGGUGGCAUACCACCGUGGUUGGCUUCUAUGACUGAGUUGAUGGAACUCUCCUUGGGUAGCACUCACCUUUCUGGGGAAAUCCCUGCUGGCUUGGGCAACCUUACAGGUCUCACACAUCUGGAUUUCACCACGAGUAAUCUGCAUGGGAAGAUACCACCGGAGCUGGGGCAACUGACACGGCUCCAGUGGCUGAACCUUGAAAAGAACAACCUGACUGGUACUAUCCCAACCUCUUUCAGAAACUUGUCUAUGAUCUCUAUGCUUGACAUAUCCUUCAAUUCAUUAACUGGACAUGUGCCAAGGUCAAUAUUUGGUCAAGCACUUACUGAACUGUACAUAGAUGAGAAUAAGCUCACUGGGGAUGUUGAUUUCAUGGCUGACCUGUCAGGUUGCAAGAACCUCAAAAAUCUUGUGAUGAACACAAACUACUUCACCGGUAGCAUCCCAGGUUCUGUAGGCAACCUUUCCUCCCUAAAGAUCUUUCGAGCAUUCGAGAACCAAAUUACUGGAAACAUCCCUAAUAUGCUUCUGAGGAAUCAGAGUAACAUGUUGUUCAUGGAUCUUCGCAACAACCGAUUUACCGGGGAAAUUCCAUUAUCAAUUACGGAGAUGAAAAACCUCGAAAUGAUUGACUUUUCUUCUAAUGAGUUGGUUGGGACCAUUCCUGCAAAUAUUGGCAAAUCAAAUAUUUUUGCCCUAGGCCUUGCCUACAACAAGCUCCAUGGCCCCAUACCUGAUAGCAUUAGUAAUCUAAGCCGACUCCAAAUCUUAGAACUAUCAAAUAACCAGCUCACUUCAGAAAUACCCAUGGGGCUUUGGGGCCUUCAAAAUAUUGUGGGUCUUGAUCUGGCUGGAAAUGCUUUGACUGGCUCUUUACCAGAAGUUGGAAAUGUGGAAGCAAUAACAUUUAUGAACCUUUCUUCCAACCAAUUUUCUGGUAAUUUACCAACCUCACUUGGACUGCUUAGCACAUUGACCUACUUAGACCUUUCAUACAACUCCUUCUCUGGAACCAUUCCAAAGUCCUUUGCCAAACUUAGUUCUGUCACUACCCUAAACCUCUCUUUCAAUAGAUUGGAUGGGCAAAUCCCAAAGGGUGGUGUGUUCUCAAACAUUACCCUCCAAUCCUUGAGAGGGAACACAGCACUCUGCGGUCUUCCACGCCUUGGUUUCCCCCAUUGCGAAGAUGACCUUCGCCGUCGGGGCAAAAGAUCAAGGCUUCUAAAAAUAGUUCUAAUUCCAAGCAUACUGGCUUCUGGAAUAAUUGCAAUCUGCUUGCUGUUUUCGAUUAAGCUUUGCACUGGAAAGAAACUGAAAGACCUGCCAACUAACAACGAUAACAAUAAGCAUAUCUCCUACUAUGAGCUGGUUCGUGCCACAAACAACUUCAGUAGUGAUCACCUAAUAGGAGCUGGAAGCUUUGGCAAAGUCUUCAGGGGCAAUCUAGAUAAUGAGCAGAUAGUCGCGGUAAAGGUCCUCAACAUGGAUAUGGAACGAGCAACCAUGAGUUUCGACGUCGAGUGCCGGGCGCUGCGCAUGGCUCGGCACCGGAACUUGGUGAGGAUACUCAGCACCUGCUCGAAUCUGGACUUCAAGGCGCUGGUGCUCCAGUACAUGCCCAACGGGAGCCUGGAUGAAUGGUUGCUGUACAGCGACAGGCAUUGCCUUGGGUUGGUGCAGAGGGUGAACAUCAUGCUGGAUGUGGCGCUUGCCAUGGCUUACCUGCACCAUGAGCACUUCGAGGUAGUCCUCCACUGUGAUCUGAAGCCUAGCAACGUGUUGCUUGACGCAGACAUGACGGCUUGCGUGGCCGACUUUGGGAUUGCGAGGUUAUUGCUAGGAGAUGAUACCUCCAUAUUUUCCAGGAGCAUGCCAGGAACAAUCGGAUAUAUGGCACCAGAGUACGGCUCAACUGGAAAAGCGUCGCGGAAGAGCGACGUGUUCAGCUACGGUAUCAUGCUCCUCGAGGUCCUCACGGGGAAGAAGCCGACCGACGCCAUGUUCGCCGGAGAGCUGAGCUUGAGGGAGUGGGUCAACCGAGCGCUCCCGUCGAGGCUCGCCGACGUCGUAGAUCCUGCCAUUUCUCUGCAUGACGAGACGAUGAGCAGCAGCAGUGGUGGUCUCCAAGAUGACAGUUGGACGAAUGGACAUGAACCAGCCGGUGACAGGAGCUGCAUAGCGCAGCUACUGGAUUUGGGGCUGCAGUGCACGAGAGACCUGCCUGAGGACAGGAUGACGAUGAAGGAUGUGGCUGCAAAGCUGCAUCGGAUCAAGGAGGUGCUACAGGCAUGAGAUUUGUUUCUGUCCAACAAAAAUAUCUCAAAAUACUUGUAUCUUAUGGUAUUAAAUUGUUUCUGAUUGUUGGAUCUAACAAUGAGCAGGAGCUCAUACUGUUCAGCUAGAUCCAAUAGUAAAAAACGAUUUAGUAUUGUGAAAUAUCGGUACUUCGAAAUACUUUUUAUUGA